AUCAUUACCUACAGCCGCUAAAACGGCUUCAUCAGAAGCCACUGGGAACGGGUUGCCCGGGAAACGGCCGCAUGGCAACAGGAUCAGCGCCUGGGGGUUGUCUGCUUCUAGGUCUGCUCCCAUUUUACACAGCGUCUCCUCCUCACUAGAUGGUGUGCGCGCCACUGGAGAGCAGCCUGCACUUCCCCUCGCUCCGUGGGCUGACGUAGGAACCAAACAAACCCGGGGAACUAUAGCAGCACCGCCGCCGCCACCACCACCACCAACCCAUCGUUUUUCUUACGGAGUAAAAACAAGAUAAAAAAAACAACAGAUUUGACGACCAGGGUUUUGCGUGCAGGUUUUUAUUGAGAACAACACUUGGGGAGACUUGGGUGCAGCAGUUCUGUGAUGGACAUCAUGUUGGCGGUGCAGGAUGCGUGCGUCUCCGGUCAGUGGCUCACCGCGAUCCUGCUCAGUGUGUGCUGCUUUCUCCCUUCCUGCUUGCCCGCUGGACAAACAGUGGACUAUUCCUCGGUGGAAAGUGUGGUGAGCAGACAAGGCGACACGGCGAUAUUGAGAUGCUACCUGUUGGACGGCAUCUCCAAAGGUGCCUGGCUCAACCGCUCCAGCAUCAUCUUCGCGGGGAGCGACAAGUGGUCGGUGGACCCGCGCGUCUCCAUCGUGUCGAGCGUGGCGGACAAACACGAGUACAGCCUGCAGAUACAGAAGGUGGACGUGACGGACGAUGGCCAGUACACCUGCUCCAUCCAGAGCGAGCGCAACCUGCGGCCAAAGCAUCUCAACCUCGUCGUCAAAGUUCCUCCCAAGAUAUACGACAUCUCGGCUGAUAUAACCGUGAACGAGGGCAGCAACGUGUCGCUCAUCUGCACCGCCAGUGGGAAACCCGAGCCCUCCAUUUCCUGGAGACACAUAACCCCAUCAGCUAAGAAGUACGACAGCAGUGAAUAUCUCAACAUCACCGGCAUCACCAGGGACCAGUCUGGGGACUACGAGUGCAGUGCGCUGAACGACAUCGCCUUCCCGGACACCAAGACCGUCAGAGUCACAGUUAACUUCGCCCCGUCCAUCCACGAGAUGAAGAGCCACGGGGUGGGCCUGGGCCGGACCGCCCUGCUGAGGUGUGAGGCCGCUGCCGUGCCCGUGCCCAUCUUCGAGUGGUACAAGGGGGAGAAACGGAUUAUCAAGGGCCAAGGCAUCGACAUCAAGAACCUGAGCUCAAGGUCCGUGCUGACCGUGAACAACAUGACAGAGGAUCGCUACGGCAACUACACCUGCGUCGCCACCAACAAGAUCGGCUCGGCCAACGCCAGCGUGCCACUUAUCCGUAAGUACCUCCCACCUGUGUUAACGUGUGGCUUACCAGAAUGGCGGAUUGAUUCAGCGGGAUUAAUAGGGGUUGGGGGUGGGGGGGGGGGGGGGGGCCGUGUCUGUGUUGUGGACGUGAGCAGGGGGGCUUGUGCUUUCGUACCCUUCAUCCCUUGCUCUCUCUCUUGUCUGAGAAGUCUUGAUUGUCUCAUUGUUUUUAUCCGCAUGGCUGUAAUGUCACACAGCAAGGGCCGGUCAACGACAAACCUUCUACACACACUAACGUCACUAACGCAUUGCUAGAAACAGUCAUGUUGCAGUGUUGACAACCGAAGACUGGUUGGUCAUUAAUAUUGCAGGUAAUACAAAUUUUUUUUUUGGUUUGUUUUU